AUGAAGCUUUCUGAGUUGUUUGAGCGUUACAGGGACCAGAACCUCAAGGGCAGGAUGUUCGUUAAAAUGUUCCGGGACGCCGGAUUAAUCACAUCCUAUGACAACAGCCUCGACCUCAUCUUCGCCAAGUAUAAGUCCAAAUGUUCCGGGAUUAACUAUGAGCAGUUCCUCAAAUCACUAGAAGAAGUUUCAAGGCUUUUGGACAUGAAAGUUCCAGAGUUAAAGCAAAGGCUAAGGGAGUCAGAGGGUCCGAUUUACAGGGGCACUGAGCCCCUGGCAGUAAGAUUACACGAUGACAAACGGCUCUACACAGGCGUUCACCUACACGGAGGGCCAAAAAUCGGGAAACAAUAA